AUCUUUCCUCCCUCUUUUCUUGGGACUUGUGGAAAUUAUCUCGUUAGGGUAUCGAUCCAAUAGGAAAUACAGUAGAAUACUUAUCAACCAUGGAAACAUUCGUUUUCAUUUGUUUGUAAAGUGAACAAUGCACGUGGAUUGGUUGUUAUUUUAGCCAAGUCUUUCGUGAGUUGCUAUUCCUUUAGGACUUUCGGAUCUACAAGUGGCCAUCGGCGACAGCAGCAGCAAGUGUAUGUCGCCUGAUUUCUUUCAUCUGUUGCUUCAGUAACGCGUCGUUAUCACAAGAGUUAGUGUUCACUAGGCCCCCACCAUGCUGAGUUUCCUCCGCCGGACGCUGGGCCGGCGGUCCGUCCGUAAGCAUGCUGAGAAGGCCCGGCUGAGAGAGGCCCAGCGGGCCACCACACACAUCCCUGCUGCCGGGGAGGCCAAGUCUGUCAUCACCUGUCGUGUGUCACUGCUGGACGGCACUGAUGUCAGUGUGGACCUACCGAAAAAAGCCAAAGGUGAGGAGCUGUUUGACCAGAUCAUGUAUCAUCUGGACAUCGUAGAGAAGGACUACUUCGGACUACGCUUCAUGGACUCUGCACAAGUACCGCAUUGGCUUGACGUUACAAAAAGCAUUAAAAAACAAGUCAAAAUCGGACCCCCAUACUGCCUUCACAUGAGGGUCAAAUUCUACUCCUCAGAACCCAACAACCUGCAUGAGGAGUUGACCAGAUAUCUAUUUGUAUUGCAACUAAAACAAGAUAUCCUCAGUGGCAAGUUAGAAUGUCCUUUCGACACAGCAGUGGAGCUGGCGGCCUUCUCUUUGCAAGCUGAGCUGGGAGACUGUGACCCUGGGGAGCAUGCCCUGGAUCUGGUGUCAGAGUUCCGCUUCAUGCCAGAACAGACUGAGGCCAUGGAGCUGGCCAUCUUCAACACCUGGAAGGAGUGCAGGGGCCAGAUGCCAUCGCAGGCGGAGAUUAACUAUCUGAACAAGGCCAAGUGGCUGGAGAUGUAUGGGGUGGACAUGCACAUGGUCAAGGCUCGAGAUGGAAAUGACUACCAGCUAGGACUGACCCCCACUGGAGUGCUGGUGUUUGAGGGAGAGACCAAGAUAGGCCUGUUCUUCUGGCCCAAGAUCACCCGUCUAGACUUUAAGAAGAGCACGCUGACCCUGGUGGUGGUGGAGGAUGACGGAGAAGAAGCUCAGGAGACCGAGGAGGGUAAAGAGCAGGAGCACACGUUUGUGUUCCGUAUGGACCACCCCAAGGCCUGUAAGCACCUGUGGAAGUGUGCUGUGGAACACCAUGCUUUCUUCCGGCUCCGCGGCCCGGUCCAGAAAGGAUCAGCACGCUCCGGGUUCAUACGCAUGGGAUCACGCUUCCGCUACAGUGGGAAGACUGAGUACCAGACCACCAAGGGCAACAAAGCCAGGAGGUCUGCAUCGUUUGAGAGGAGGCCCAGCCGACGCUACUCCAGGAGGACCAUGAUGAACCGGGGAGCCAACAAGCCCCAAGAUCACAACAAUGGAGUGAACCCCAACAAAGACACUAAGCCACUCCACAUCAGAAGCCCCUGGUCUCUUCCUGUGGUCAGCCCUGCUCCCUCAGUCUCCACCAGCAGCCCCAUGGAAAUCGAAACCCUCCCGAGGAGUCCUGGCGGUGGCCAAUCAGAGAAGAGCAUGCCACUGCCCCUCGUAGCUGAUCUGCUGGAGACGUGCGUCGAUGAUGUCAUCCGGACCCCUGUUCCCAUGGCGACAACAGGCCUGCCUGAGGAGGCGGGGCCAAGCAUGGCAGCCUCCGCCUCCAGCCUCACGGCAGACAACACAGUCUCUCUUGCUGAGGCGGCAGCGCGGCUGAAGCAGCUGGAACUGGACAGUGCCCCACUCCCUGUCCCUUCCAGAGCUAACGUCAAUCUCAACAUGAACAACCAGGAGGACGUGGUGAAGCUCACAGAGAAGUGUCUGAACAGUGUAGGCAGCAGCCCUGUGCUCGCUCCACUGCGCCCCCCAGAGGACCUGAAGAGCAACAUCCUUAAAGCUCAGGCAGAGGCUGCUCUCAAGGGAUCACUGGAGGAGCACGUUGUGAUCGGGGACAAGAACACCAACCUACAGGAAGCAUCAGCCAGGCUGAAGGUGCGUAGUGGGCGUAUGGGCAGCAACUCGUCCCUGUCUCUGACUGGACGUCCUGAGAGACAUGAGUCAUGGGACCUGCUCAAACCCACACUGCUGACCAAUGCUGGGCCCAGUGUUGAGAUGGUGACUGCGGAUCUCAUGCCAUCAGCAACCAUGAUGGCUGCUGAAAUACUUAACGAAGGACUGCCGUCAAAGGCCAAACCAGAGGAGCUGGAGAUGCCCACCCUGCCGCCGCUGCCAGUCCCGCUGAGUGAUAACCUGAUAGAUUUCUCAGAUCCAACCCCAGUAUUACCACCAGCACCAGUGCAAUCUAAGUCCAUGAUAUCACCUCGCUGGAUCGUCCCUGCUGCACUGCCCACUGCCAUCUUUACUAACGGCCUCCUUGACCCCCCUGCCAAGACCGCCGCCCCUCUCCAACCUGAAGGGGGGGCUAUUGCCCCAACCCUGCAUCCCCAUCUGUUCUCUCAAACUCACAAUGUGAUUGCCACAAGCAUUGCUGCCCAGGUACCCAAGAAGGACGGCACAAAGCCCAAAGGUCUGUUGACCACUGAGCUCUGAGAGGGAAUCAGGGGGGCUAGCUUCUGCCCUGCUCACAACAAUUAUGUCCUAUUCCUGGCAUUCCCAAACUAGUGGGCUACUUCCCACCCUUAACACAAGAUUCAUAUUUUACUACAUUUCCAAAACUGGGGAAAGUUCCUGCCCUAAUUAUAACCAGCAACUCCUAUGGCAUUCCAAAAAAAAUCCCAAACCAGCUGCAAUCAUGAAAUUGGAUUAUUGGAAUUCUUUCUUACUACAGUCCAGUUUGGAGAAGUAUUUAUUAUUUGAUUUGAUUUUUUUCUAUUUUAGUACUUUAGUUGUGUCACGGGUCCUCUCAUAAGCAUUCCUAAUUACCUACACAGUGCAUACACCGUUCUUUUACAUAUGUUUAUAGCAGGAAUAAAUGCAAUAAAUGCUGAGAGCUAAGGAAGAGGACAAUACAAAGAUGACCAUGUCUGACUGGACUCUUUGAGACAAUUUUUUGACAUCAUUUGGCAUUGGGUACAUUCCUGUGUUCAGCACACCACCUCCACACAGCCCAUUCAGGGAGAUGAUCUGUCAACCUGAGGCUGCCUACCUGGAUGAAGAACCACUGUAUCAAAGAACCUAGCCUCAUCACUGUACCUCAAACCGCUGAAUUAAAUUGGAGCACUGGACCUGGACUCUUGAUAGGAUGGGCAAUGACUUUCUACUGACAUUUUACUCUUUUUUUUUUUUCUUUUUUUGUCCUGUUUUUUCCCCUUUUGCUUUUUUAAGUGAGUUGUAUUGAUCAAGUGCCAGCAUUUAGUGUUCAGUUAGGACCUGGCUUUUACUAGAAUGUUCUGAUCCAGAUUAUGACUCGAUCAUCUGAGGAUGACAACGGCAAUCUGUAGCAUGCAGGUAUGAAUUGAACCACGAACAAGUCAUAUCUAAAACGUUAUACCUUUUCUAUCUCCAUAUAAAAACACUAGCUACGACCUGCCUUACUUAGCUAGCUCAAUGUGAAAUUCUGAUUGUAACGUUAUACAACAAGGAACUACUAAUACUUCUAUUAUUACUCCUGUGUCUAGGCCUAUACUUACUGUACUUUUUAUUUUUUGUGUUACUAUAUACUGUAUGUGAUGGUAAUUUCUCAUCAUGUUGUCUUGACACUGUUUCUGGCUGUGGUCAUCGAUGACUCUCAGGCUUGACACGGGAAAUAGGCCUAUCACAUACUGGCACCCCAUUGGUUCUUCUCCAGACUAACCCAAUCACAUCUAGGAUCUCUGGCGGUACGAAUGAGUCGGUCAACUGUAUUAUUGACUCACAUAAAUGUAUUUCAGGUAUCAGACUUUUUAUAUGUUGCCUCUACGGACGGUAGAUCAGAAGUAGAUAUUUUGCGAGGCUGUGUGCAGUAGAGGUAAAAGCAGAAGGAAUUAUUUUAAAUACUGCUCAUUUGAAUAAGUAAACUGUGAGCUAUUAACACCCAUCUCAACAGAAAAGUCUUAAACAUCACAUUUAUUUCAUUUUUUGUGAAGUUUCAGAAUAAUUGAUGGUUUCUUGAUUUAUGUUUUCGCUGGACGACUUAAAAGAACGGCCAAGCUUUGUAGUACUAUCUCUCUUUCUCAACUGGCUGUAUCAUGAGUUAUCUAAACUGAUUUGCCUGGCAAGAACAAUUCUGUGUCAUAUAAAUGAUUUAUAUCUGCAUCAGAAAUUGUAGAGAGAGUGAUUGACCAACAUGAGUGCUCUGUGUACCUACCUAAUAACUUUUCUUUUUGCCUCCUGUAUCUGAGAUGAGACUUCUCUUGGUUAGAAAUUAUACUUCACCAUGUAAGUGCAAUUUCGCUGUAGCUCUUCUACGUUAAUUUAUUCCUCUUUUUGUAAGAGCACCCUUAUUCACGCUGUAUUUAAGUUGUUUGUAGAUGUAAAAAAUUGCUCUAGGUAUUGUCACCACACCAAUUUGUAUCAUGUACAUCAUCAUUUACUUUUGAAGGAUAUGUAGACUAUUAAGCCAGUAGCAAUUUUGUACAAUGUAGUAAAUUCUUCAAAGUAAAAAGUAUUCAAAGAAAAAACAAGUGUGAGUUCUUCCAAUUAAUAUAUCUGGGCCUUGUCUCUACUCCGACAAAUAAAUAAAAAACGUGAAUCCUAUGUC